CGCGGAACUUGACUUUGGGAUCAAAGCGCAGUCGUGUUCUGUUGGUUCAAAAACAAACUGUCAAAGCGAUUAACUUUUGCUUUUUCCGCUGCAGCAAACCCCACCUCUCUCCUCUCUCCUCUCUCCUCUCCCCUCACCUCACCUCACAGCGCCCGCCUAGAUUCAGAAGAAGUCCAGGUCCUGGCUUCGACUAUCUUCUGAGGCCCCGCCCAUCUGCCCGUCCAAGCGCAGUUUGCCUUGUGCUUGUGUCGCGCCGAAACCAACCCUCCCCUUUCUUCUUGCACUUGUCAUCAAACCUGACACGAUGAGAAUCUCACGGCGAUGCACGCGCAUGCUUCAAACACUGGCCGCGGUGCUGGUCAUCAUGUGCUGCAUGCAAGUCAUGGCGCGCUGGGGUGGCGGCAAUGGUGGCUUGUCCAACACCAGCUCAGACGACCAACCCUCCGCCGACCAAGCCAGCCACCAGGAGCCCGCAGCCAAUCCAAUCGACACGGAAUUGACUGAGGUAUCCACAGAACUUGCUGCUGAGCCGAAUUCGCUCGAGACAUUUGACCAUGUCGCAGACCACAAGGACAAGGAUAAGGACGUUGUAACGCCCUUCCCCUCGGAUUCCGCUGCGAUGGAGCCAGUCCAGCAAGCUGUAGAUCAAAAGCCUUUCAUUGCAACUGAAUUGGAACGCGAGAUGGCGCGCGUUGGACGCAACGUCCUCAAAAACCAAGUCGCCAAUCCCGGGUUUUCCUCCCGCCUGCAAGAAACAGUUUCGACCGACCAGCCUUCCAGUGCCGGCUGGUGGACACGCGGAGAUGCACUGCGGAUAGAGUACUGCUCCUCCUCCAAGUUCAAGUACUGCCGCGGCUCAAGCCUCGCGAUCGAGUGCUCGAGCAGCUCAUUGCACGCGGCGUACCAAUUUCUUCCCGUGUCGCUGCCGCCUGGCACGCGCGUCUCUUCCUUUGUUCUCUCAGUCAAGUCUGGCAGCACGAGCCUUGUACGCGAUGAUACAUCCGACAACGUGUUUGAGCAGAUGGGCGCCGGUACGACCGCGGCACUGUACGGCCUGCUUGCGCAAGUGCGUUAUGCCGAUGGCUCGGACGAGAUCCUUGCCCUCGAGUUCCCCGCCCAGUACAGCGGGCUCGCCUCCAUGACGCGCAACAUCAACCACACCGUUUCUCACGACCGUGGCUCGAUUGACUCCAUCUUGCUGAUGCUGACCUGCUACGGCCACAUUGGCAAAGUUUGGUUUGACGACGUGGCUUUGCUGCCCGAGGUCGAGGUCGAUGUCCGCGCAUUCAACGCGGCAUCGUUUCGGGGCGAUGGUGGCGGUGCUGCGCCAGAUGUCUCUGAGCUCGAGGGCCGUCCUCCCACUCAGCAACAACAGUUCAAACCCUUUCUCUCAGUCACGCAGGCGUUACAGGGAGUGAAGAGUCUUACGCAGCUCAGUAGCGGCUGCCCAGCACCUGCACGACGAAUCUCCGCCCCUGACAUCUCAAGCAUGUACGAAGUGGAGCCGCUUUCGUUGGCGGUCGAGGAGACCAAGCGGACGCCACAAACAAGCGUCACGCUGACCUCGUACUCUACCGUCCACUCGCUGCCUCUCCUCUUGCGCAAUAUUCGACGCUGGGACGGACCGGUGUCCCUGGCCCUCUUUCUGGAGUGCCCGGCCAGCGUGACCCGCGGACAGCGACUCGAAUACAAUCGCCAGCUGCGAGUCGCGCGCGCGCGAAACUCGGCGCCGCAGUUCAAGUACCUGGCAUUCGAGGCACAAAUCCCAGAGCUCCUGUGGAGCACAGAGUUUCCGUUGCACGAGCUGGAGGCUGCCCGUCAGUUUGUUCGGCAAGAAUUUGCCGACGCCAAGCUCCAAGGCACCGCAACCAUCUCGCUCGUUUAUCCACGCCGCAACUGUUUGGCCGACCUGCCCGUGAACAUGCUGCGCAACAUUGCCUUGCAACAGGCUCGGUCCGACUACGUCUUUCUCACAGACGCUGCAGAGUUUGCGCCUUCGCCAAACGCGGGCGUGCAGUUUGAUAAGGCGCUGAAACACGUGCACUCGUUCCGGUCGGACGGGGUCGCUGAUCCUCUUUUGAAUGAAAAGUCGCAUCUUGUCCUGAGCAACACGCCACUGGAGCUAUUGGCCUACAUCAUGCCGGCCUUUCAGCUCGAACCUGGCAGGGCGAUCGACCCGAAACUCGAUCCGCUCGAUCGAGCGCUGAGUAUGCAGCCGCUCAUCCCGGACAAUCGGCAAGACAUUGCUCGCCUGCUGACCACCGCUGGGCCCAACAAGCCACGGCUGCUCAAGUUUCACGCCAUCGACAAGCCAGACACGUUCAACCCUUUCAACUACAACAAGUGGCUGCAACCAGCGCGCUCACCACUUCCGUACCACGUCGAGCACACUGCGUGGUCCAUCCCCUCUGGUGCGAUGUGGAGCGUCUCUGCCACCAACCAGGCCAUCCCUCGAGCAGGUGCUGGGUCGGAGGCGGCGGCGGCGGCUCCGCAGCUUGUUUUCCCGCACGAGCCACAAAUGAUUGUUCGGCGCUCGACGCUGCUUCCAAAGUACGACGAGAGGUUUUUCGGGCGCGGCAGUGACAUUCAAUCCUUCCUGAUCAUGGAGAUGGCCGCGGCUGGCUACCAGCUUGUUGUUCUGCCCGACAGCUGGACGGUUCGGUUGCCAAGCAGCUACAGCACGCCGUCGGACGUUCCAUCCUCGGUUUCAACGCUGCUUGAUCUUCCCGCCAAGCGGUUUGAGUUUAUGUGCGCACUGUUGCGCCGCUAUGCGCUUGGUCCAUGCGGGUCCUUGUUGUUCACACUCGCCACACUCAUGCUCGAGCCUCGGAGAGCGUCGCACUCGAGCGCGCGCAGUCUCAGCAGUCUCAGCAGCUCGUCGUCGUCGUCGUCGUCGCGGCUCCAGCUCCCGACCCAGCCGCGUCCGCCCUCGCUCGCACCCGCGCACGCACCCGCACCCGCACCCUCACGCUCACUGCACCGCCAGCUUGCGCGGAUGCUGUCGACCCAGGCUGGCCGCGACCGCUUGCUCGCGUCGCUGCAGUAUUCCGUCACCGCUUUGCUGCUCGUCGUCGGUCCGUUGGCCCGCAAGUCCCGCAGCCGCGCGUCUGCUCGACAAAGACAUGCAUCCUCUUCUGCUCUGCCGUCACCGUUCGCUCCGCGUGCGGCCAUUGCGGCUGCGCUCGGUUCGGGCGACGUUUCCUCCUGGACGCCGACGGCUUGGGUUCGACUGCUUGUCGCCUGCAUUCGAGUCCUGCGCGUCCGCAUUGUGCUGUCACAACUGCAAGCUGCCGUCAAGCAACUCAAGUUUGCGCGGCGCGUGAUGAAGCUUGGCCGCGGAGUGAGCGAGGCGCAGAAGUUGCGCCAAUUGCUGCAUUCGAGCUCAGCAACAACAAUGACAACUUGCGAGAUGCAGGACCAGCACAAGAACAAUGACAAUAGCGAUCAAGUGCGAGCAUGCAGCGUGCAUAGUUUGGCGUCAGGUCGUCGACAGCUGCGGGCAUUGCAUCUGCAGUCGAGUUUCCCUGCACAAUUGUCGCCACUCGCUCAGUUUGAGCAUACGACCAUGACCUGGGUGCGCGAUUCGCCGUCCACUCUGCUCUACUACAAGAGCAACAGCACGACCACCAGCAGCGAGAGUGGUGGGAUGGCAACAUCCGCAGGUCUGGCACCAUUCCAUUUCGCCGGCACGGCUACAGCCCGGCGAAAACUGUCCUUCAGGUCGCACGGCGAGGCCACCGCCGACUCUAACGCAUCAGAUACCACCCGCACGCCAGUUGUUGCAAAGCGUCCCAGGUCGUCGUUCUUGCGACGACUGGCGCUUGCCAUCGCAAAGUUGAUCCACAAUCGAAACACACUCGACUCUCUCUCGCACCGCUUGCAGGCGUUUGCUUGCGUGAUUAUGAUCUUGAGUACUGUUGUAGACGACGCCUGGUUCCUCUCAAAGCUGGGGGUUGUGCGUCCCGCGCUCGCCCGGUCGUUGCGACCGUCUUCCAAGCCUCUGGUUGCCAUCUUGCUGCUGUGUGGGUCUGUCUCGGCCGUGCUUGAUGUGCUGCGUCUGCCUCGCCCUGGGAAUGCUCAGCAGCAGCAGUAUACUAGCCUACCAUUGCAGCGGCGACGCCUCCAGAGCCCGGUUGGGUCUCCCGUCAAACCGAGCAGCAGCUCACGACAGCUGGCGUUCUUUUCUCACCGCCUGGCCGCGCUGCCAGCCGUGGCCUCUCCGGCAACAAAGGCAUCUCCGUCCAAGGAAGAGCUUGCACACCACGCGUCCACCUGGCUUCGCGACCGACUUUCGUAUCGAAAACGCAUCGGGUUGUUGACUGCGCUUCGAAAUUUGCUCGGCUUUGUUGCUGCUGUUUCUGGCGCGCGUACCAUCGCCGCCCCGGCCGCCUUUAGCAGGCGUUCGGGCUCUGCACAUGCUCCCGUGUCAUUUGCGCUCAAGGUUCCUGUGACUGCGCUUGCCUCUGCCGUCUCGCUACUCAUCAGCUAUUACACGUCACGAGAGCGUGCGCUUGAAGCCAGAUCCGCGUCUAGUAGCCGAGGAAUGGCAAGACGAUCAAGUCAUGUCAAAGCGUGUUAA